GCGCCAACCUCACAGAAAUGCAAACUCCGAAAAAACUCAAGCCUCAAGAUUGGCAGCUAUGCUAACCACGUGAUAUGAUAGUUGGUUAUUGUUAACAGUCAAUCUUUGUCAUCAAACAAUUAAAAUGUAGGGUUUGGACUAGCUUAUUUUUACAUGAAUUCACCAGAUUUAUUCAAGUUGAGAUUUUCCAAAUUUAGUAAGGUUUUCCUCCAAAUAAGCUAGUCUCAAAAAUGUAUAUCGAAACUGACAACACCGAUUUUGUGCCAAGGAACUUUGUAAUUUACAAAUUUUACGGAAUGGACACUUGUUUUGCGUGGCAUGAAAAUGAAUUGGUAGUUUUUCCAUUUUCGGAGCCUGAAACUUCGAGUAGCACUUUACCUUUACCGGUAUUGAUAGCUCCUGGUGUGAUAAAAAACAUCUAUAAUUUCGGAGAACGAGUUUUUGUGAUUUGCACACCAUGUGGAAUUUAUAAACUCACUGACAAGCAUCAGUUCGCACUGUUGAGUAAGAGUGGAAUUGGAAUGGGCUCCCUUUAUUCCGAAGUACUUUCUUUACAAGAAGGAUGUAUUUUCUUAGAAGGAAAACAUGACAAAAGUCUCAAAAAAUUGUUUCAAGUGCCAUCCGAAACUGUGACAUCCGAUGAAUUGUCGAGUCUGAAAUUGACUGCCACAGAAACGGAUGAAAAAUUCCGGGCAGUUUUCUUGGAAGAAAGUAAGGAAGAUUUGUGUCUGAUUGCUUACGGCAACAUUUUGUUUAAACAAACAAAAAGUUUUGUGAAACAAGUCUACUACUGUGAUUAUUUAAUCGAAGAAAUUCUGCCUAUCGAAAAAAAGGGGAAGAUUUUUGGCGCGACACUCGUAACGAAUUCUUCAGCUGUUAUUUUUGUCUAUCUUGAAAAAGAUAAAUUACAGUUUGACAAAGUGUAUCUUAAUUAUGAGGAUAGAAAGGUGCAAGCUUUUUGUGCCAAGAUGGACGAAAACUGUGAGAAUUGUUUAACAAUUGUUUAUUGCCAGGAUUCCAAAACAUUACAGGGCAUAAAAAAGUUUGAGACUAAUGCAAUUCAAACUGUUGGAGAAGAGGAAUGCAACUAUAUUGCUUUGAGGUUUUACAAAUCCAAGUUUGUGGUUGGUCUCACUCAAUUUAAGGAGUUGUGCAAAUUUCCUUUGAAGGAGGUAAGAGAAGAACCCAGUGACGAUCCCGACUACGUUGAAUUAAAGCUAAACAUGCUAAAAGGUACGGAAGUAAUAGUGGAAAAAAUUUGUGAGAAGGCGAGAGAAUUGCAGGUGCUGCAAGAAAAAUUAGAGGAGGAGAGGGAUAUUUUGAAAAGGAUCAAUCUCUUCGCCUGCGAAUUUCGUGAAGAGUAUUGUCCGGAAUUGUGCAUUAAAAAAGUCGCGCACGAAAAAUAUUUGUCAGCCAAGUUCCAAGGCAUUUUGCCUUUGAAUUCUCAGGUUAUUUUAGCAGCCAAGCGUGGGCACCGAAGAACAUUUAUUGUCAAGAAAGUCACGGAUUCUGAAACGCAAAUCGAAUUGCCUCUACCCGCGCAAAAUAUUUGGAAACCAGUGGAUGUUACGGUGGAUUUAAUAACUUAUAAUCCAAAAGGAGAACCUUUUUGCCUAAUCAGAGACUUUAUUCAGGAUCCGAAUUCAAAGAAGGAUAAAAAUAAUUUAUCACCGGAGAAAGUCAAUUUUAUAAAUGUUAAAUCAAGAGCGCUGAAAAAUCUUGUAGCUGAUGGGAAAGUCACGAUGAAGGCUUUGUCAGAAAUCAAAAGUAGUAUUCGUAGAGAAUUAGGAUAACUUUAAUCCUCAACGGUUUCAGGGCGAGGUACCGACAGUUGGUAUUACUUUCAGUUGGUAGUACAAAUUUCUGACAUGGAUUCCAGUAUCAGUCUUCUCUUCUUCUAUCUACUCCUCCUCAUCAUCUAUCGGCUGAACCUCCUCCCCCUCCCUUCUACUUCUGCUGGCUAAUUCUACCUCCUCCUCCGCCCCUCCUCUUCCUCCUCCCCCUUUUCCUCCUCAUCUACCCCUGCUUCUUCUUAACUG